AUGGAGAUCAACGAGAACGUGUUUCGUGUUUUAUCAGCUUGCGCGAUUUCCAUCAACUUUUUGCUGAUAAUUUUGAUACUCAGAAAGUCUCCGAAAUCAUUGGGUUCUUAUAAAUAUUUGAUGCUUUAUAUUAACUUAUUCGAGUUUACAUAUGCAAUUUUGUAUUGUAUAGAAAAACCGGACUUAUUCACUAAAGGAUCUGCAUUUUUUCUCAUUGCAAACUUCAAGCAAUCUAUAUUCCCAAAAUUAAUGGCGUGCUGCUCCGUUUUGUUUUACGGCGGCUUCUACGGAAUAACACUGGCGAUUCUAGCCCUACACUUUAUCUAUCGCUUUCUCAGUAUUACCAACAAUCGUCAUUUGAAUUCAUUCAAUUCCUGGAAAAUAAUAUUGUGGUUCAUGGGACCCCCGAUUAGUGGAAUCAUUUUCAUGCUCACCGGAGCGUUUAUCAUGAGCUCCAAUGGAGAUAGCGAUAGGUUUCUGAGUGAAAAUUACCCAACCCUGCUUGGAAAUGAAACAAAAAUUGAAGAUUUAUAUUAUGUUGGCCCAUUCUUCUGGCCGAAAUAUAACAACUUUACUACGGAUCAAUAUUUUAAUUGGAGAACAGCCGGGGGUGCGAUGAUUGUUAUGGGAUUGAUUAGCCUAUCCAUUGCUAUAAUGGUGUAUUUUGGAGUAAAAGGGUACCGAAGCAUGAAUAAACUUAUAGCACAGUCGAAUUCGUCACAAAAAUUUCGAAGUGUCCAAAAGCAACUAUUCAACGCUCUGGUACUUCAGACUUUCAUUCCUGUACUUUUAAUGCACAUUCCUGCCUCCGCAAUCUAUUUUACGAUAUUUUUUGACAAGUGCACAGAAUAUCUGGGCAAGAUUUUUACGUUGACUGUCGCCAUGUAUCCCACCUUCAAUCCACUGCCCACUAUUUUUAUUGUUAAAAAUUAUCGGAAUGCGUUGAAAGAUUCGUUGAUAUGUGUGGAAGAUGCAGUUUUGCGGCGAUCAAGAACGGUGCAUCCGUCUUCAACGGCGUAUUCUGUUAAUACACAAGUUUCGUAA